GCAUACUGUACUAGACUUGAUCUUGGACGAUAACUGACAAUAUUCUCCAUCUAUACAAUCAUGCCGGGAAUCAGUCUUGCUGAUGCUAUCAGCAAUCUCAACGUCAACGACGAAUGGGGCCCAGAACUCGGUUCGAGCACCACUCUCGAUGGCGUACCCUAUGCUCCCUACUCGAAAAGCGAUAAGUUAGGUCGUAUGGCCGACUGGACACAGGAAGGCAAAGAGGGACGAGAUCGGUCUGGUAGACAAUAUGGCAGAAAUUUUAGAGAUCAACAAAUUUAUGGCGCAGGCACAUCUUCCCUCUUCGCUGUGCAGGUGGCCGAGGACGAGUCAUCCUUCUCCGUGGUCGACAACACACGAGCGACAAACAAGAGCCGUGGCUUUGGCAGAGGCGGUUUGGCGGUCUUCCGUGGUCGUGGUCAACGAGGAGCCGCCCAACGAGGUGGAAGAGGCACAUUCCAAAGAGUAGGACAAGGCCGGACAGGAGGGCAACAGCAAGGACAAUACUACGACAACAGAGGUGGACGAGGCGGACGUGGCCGCCGCUUCGGCUGGAGAGAUUAUGACAAGCCACAACGAAACCGAGAUGCAUCGGUCAACAUCCGCCCAGACUGGGUGAUGAAGGAAGAGAUCGACUUCAACCGACUUUCCAAACUCAACCUCGAAACCGGCGACGGCGACGAUAUCGAAGGCUACGGUUUCCUGUACUACUACGACCGCUCGUUUGACAAGCCACCUGUGAAGAACACCGAGCGCAAACUCAUGUCCCUCGAUCGUGCUGCCUACAAUGUGACAACCUCCGCAGACCCGGUCAUUCAAGAACUGGCCGAGAAAGACGAAGCCACCAUCUUUGCAACCUCGGACAUCCUGUCCAUGCUCAUGUGUGCCACUCGCUCGGUGUAUUCCUGGGACAUUAUAGUGCUCAAGCACGGCGAUAAGAUCUUCCUCGACAAGCGACCCGACAGCAGCAUCGACCUGGUCACGGUCAACGAGAACGCCGCCGAUGCACCUCUGGAAGCGGAGUCCACGACGGCGCAGACGGGUGUCAAGGCCGACAGCAUCAACACCCCCGGCAACCUCGCCAUGGAAGCCACCAUGAUCAACCACAACUUCGCCUUCCAGACGGUGCUCGAAAACCCAAACAACAAGGUCGAAUUCCCCCACCCCAACCCAUUCUAUAGCUCCAGCGACGAGACCGACCCCUUGGCGUCCAAGGCGUACAAGUACCGCCGGUUCGACCUGUCGCUCGAGCGCGACGAGGAACCCCUCAACCUGAUCGUCCGGACGGAACUCGACGCCGCGACCAAGAACAACAUCUCCGGGGACGACCAGUUCCUCGUCAUCAAGGCGCUCAACGAGUUCGACCACAAGGCCCAGGGCGCCGGCGGCGCGCUCGACUGGCGCACCAAGCUGACGUCGCAGCGCGGCGCCGUCGUGGCGACCGAGAUGAAGAACAACUCGUGCAAGCUCGCGAGGUGGACGACGCAGGCCAUCCUCGCAAAGGCCGACCAGAUGAAGCUCGGCUUCGUGUCGCGCGUCAACCCCAAGUCGGCCGCGAACCACGUCAUCCUGGGCGUCGUGGGCUACAAACCCCGGGAGUUCGCGGGCCAGAUGAACUUGGGUCUGAGCAACGGAUGGGGCAUCGUCCGCACCAUCGUCGACCUCGUCCGGAGCGUGGCCGCCGACGGCGGUGAGGAGAGUGCGGGAGACAAGAAGUACGUGCUCAUCAAGGACCCCAACAAGCCCGUCAUCAGGCUGUACGAGGUCCCCCUCAACACUUUCGACGAAGAUGACGACGUCAUGACCGGUACCGUGGCCACCGAGGGUCCCGACGGCGGUAACGACGAGUAGACUAUCUGCUGGUCGUUGCGUGGGUGCCUGUGUGGCUGGGUCGGUUGGUUUGGUCGGUGGUGCAUUGGGGGGGAGAAGGGCGGGAGUAGUGCAUACGGCGGUGAUUACUUCCUGUUUCUGCCACAUGCGCCGAGAUGUCCUAGAAGAGAUCUCUCGGAAGAGUCAGAACGGAAUAUUUUCUCUCCGAAAUGGGGUUUUUUUGAUGGGCAGGAGAAAAAAAGUUACGAGAACAAGUAGAAACGAGAUAGAAGCCUUUCA